UUCUGUUUCCUGUUUGAGGAAAAGAAAAUAAAACGAUUCAGUCCUCGGAGGGAGGGCGAAGUGGAGUUGUUUCUUUUAGGCAUACGGCCGUGGGAGGAUAGCCCCCCUCGUCCUCUGACUCGCAGUAAGGCUACUAAAAUGUCCACUCAGAAGAAGUGUCCAGAUUGUGGCUCCUUGGAAAUUGUGGAAGAUUCCCACUAUACUCAGAACCAGUUGGUGUGUGCAGAUUGUGGCUUUAUUCUAACUGAAGGACUUCUCACAACUACGUAUGCUGAUGAAGAACAUUUACAAGAAGUGACAUAUUCACGAAGUACUGGUCAAAGUGACCAGCUGAGCCGCUGCUUGCAGCGAGGAAUCAGACGGGUUCGGGAUCUCUGCAAAGUUCUCCGACUUCCUCCUCUGUUUGAAGAUACAGCCGUGUCUUAUUAUCAACAGGCAAUCAAAUGCCCCUGCUUUGCUUUGGUCAGUUUGGAGAAGAAGGAGAUAAUUAUAGGUUGCUGUGUUUUCGUGACCUGUAGACAGCACAACUGGCCCUUGACAAUGGGCACUGUCUCCUUGCUGCUUUAUGCAGACAAGGAAUUGUUUGCCAGAACCUACCUGCGGUUUUUGAAGGAAUUGGCACUGGAUGUACCAACUCUGAGCUUGAUCGAUCUUGUGAAAACACACCUCAACAGCUUUAAGCUUUUCCAGGAAUCAUCCGACAUCCCAGCCAAAUUUCUGGAAGAUAAGGAGAAGCUGUUGGCAAGGACAAUCCAGAUAGUGGAGCUUGCCAGCGAGACAUGGCUGGUGACUGGUCGGCACCCCAUCCCCAUUGUGAUGGCAGCAGCCUUUUUGGCCUGGCAGUCUUUGCGACCUGUUGACCGUCUCGCUUGCACCCUUACAAAGUUCUGCAAGCUUGCUGGCAUGGACAUGCCACGGCCAGCCCCACAAAGACUGAAGGAACUGCAUAACAUCCUCCUUCAGAUGGCCUCUCAGCUGGGUUGGCUGCGAGGGCUCAAAGUGGACCGGAGGACUGUGUCGAAAUACAUUGGAGACUUGCUGCAACAUCGCCGUGUGCUUCUACGGGCGGCUUUCCGUACGGUGGAUACCACCGAAGACUGUGAGGCUGAGAACUCCACCGCACCGCCAGACCAGCAGCCUAUGAAAGCAACCGCGGCUUUGACAGGAGAGGAUUCCAUUGCUGGGAAGAAGCGGAUGCCGUUGCUUCCGCCUUGUAUCCUGUACCCAGCAAAGAAGCCUCGAGCCAGCAAUCCAGACCCUGAAGGCCCAACCAUCACAGGGGAAGAGCCCAUUUUAGACAGUGAGAUUGAACAAUACAUCCGGACUCCAGAAGAAAGAGAACUGUUUAGCAAAAUGCAGGUUCGCCUAUGCUAGUGAAGGUAUUUAGUGAGUCUUAAAAGCCUGCAGUCAAUGACAACAGGGGUUGGGUUCCUUAUAGUCCGUAGUUCCAGAGGAAUUUCUCUCCUGAAAUUAGACGAAGUCUUCUUGUUCAGAUCAUGAUCUUUAAGAAAAUAACCAGCUCAUAUUUUAAUAGGCAUUGGUUGGGAUUUCCUAGAUCCACAGUGUAAGCGAUGUAGAAGGAAGCAGAUUGGGGAAAACAGUGAUAGAAUAUGAGUUGUAAAAUCUUUUGCUAGAUGUUGAAAGAAAUGUUAGACUGCUCUUUGGCCUAGAUGUGUGUUGGUUAAAUGAACACCAAUACGCUUCUACCACUUUUUCCAGUCCUGGACAUCAGAAAUAUUUGGAUUUAAUCUUACUAUAUUGAAGUGUAAUGAUCUGCAUCAGAUACGCUCCUGGUUUAUUUUGCCUCUUCUGUUUUGAAUUGGAGCAUUCUUCUUUUCAGUCCAAACACUGCUUUGCGUGUUGUUUUAGAGGUUUCCCAUAUGGGUCUGGUAACACUGAAGGUAAACAUUCAUUUAGCAUUCAAUGGAUUAAGUGGACUUGGGCUCUGCAGCCACUGACUGAUUUUGAAAGUGAUUCCAUAAGUAGUGUAGAAAAGGGCAUAUUGCAAUAAUUCCCAUAUCUGGUCAUCUGGGGGGGGGGCACACAAGAGGAAUAAGGUUGUGCAUGCUAUGAUGUCAUGCAAAUAGGUUAAUUGUCCUAUGUAUAAAUGGGAUGAAAUUGGCAUAUCCCUUUAAAUCUUAUGUGUGAAACUCCACUUAUGUUUUUUUCUCCUUGCUAUUUGGCUAGUACCUACAACCUUUUGUAUUUGACUUCAGCUAUAUAUAUUAAAAAGUUACAAUAAAAGGGUUUGAGAAGAAUUAGCCCAAUUGAGAUGAUAAACACCUUUUGAAUGGGUGCACAAGUUGGGCUUUUCCAGCCCUCCUGAAUAGGUAGGUGGGAAAGCCAUUUAUUAAGAGUGUGGUGGAGAUUUGCCCCCUAUCCCCAGUGUCCGAGAUGAGCAAUUUAGUUGCUUGAAUGGCUGUUCAAUUCACACAUCCUUUAAGUGUUGGGUAAGUGAGUCCCAUUGCUUGGAAUCAGUAUACAAGUUUGAUUUAUGACUGCUCAAAUAUUAAAGUGUGUGGGUUGAGAUGGCAAAGCAUGGGUGGAACAUAAGAGCAAUACCUGCUUCAUUUGGAUAUUGCAGUUCUUUUAAUAUAUUAAACAAGAAAUAUCUGCUAAAAACAGUUCAUUUGUAUAAAAUGCAAACACAACAAAAAUGUAUUAAACGCUUUCUUUGGCACGGCUGUCUCUCAAAGAGCUCUGGUUUUGAUUUGUCAUUUGCACAAAAUGUAAACCAACAAAAAGAAAGGGUACUUAUACAAAGAUUUGCCCAAUAAUAAUAUUUCAUUCUAGCAAGCAUAUAUAACAAGUCCAGCAUUGCCAAUAUCAUGUGGGUUGCAAUAUUGCCCUAUAAAAUAGUUAAGG